AUGACUCCUACAGACCACUCAAGGUCUGGAUAUGGUGGCUCAAGCCAUAAUAGUGGCAGAAUCUAUAAAGAUGACAAUAAGAGGCAACGCAAGUUCCCGCCACCACAUCACAGCAAAUACAACAGCCAUCCUUACCAGUCUAAUAGCGCUCCUCCAUACACACAGAAAAACAGUAUAAAUCCGUUUUCCUCCAGAAGGCAAGAACAUUCAGGAUCUGCUCCAGGCUCUGCCGGUGGAAGUGCAAAUUACCCGCAACCUUCUUCCGGUGAGAGCUACAGUUCUUAUCGCUCCAGCAGUCACGACCAAGGAUAUGCACGAAAUUCGUAUUCCUCAGGAGGCCCCAGAAGAGGUCUUGGAUAUCGAUCAGGAAGAGGAGGCCCAUCUUCUUCCCUUCCAAAGAAUCGUGCAAAUGGACCUGGUCAAUCUCAACACUAUUAUCGAUCAUACAGCAGUGAAGGAAACUCAGGAUCGAUGAACGCAAGAUAUUCAAACGGCUAUUAUGACAGAGAUCAAUAUAGACAAGAGGAUAAUUACAGACAAGGAUCGAUGCCUUCAAAUGAUGAUGGAUACUCCGGAGGACGAUGGAAUUCUGGUUCCAGAGACAGAUACAGCAGUCAGGAAGAUGGAUCUUCAAGGUCUGGUGAUCUCAUUGCCGGACCCAACAAUCGCGGUGGUGACUUGAUUCCGAACAGGGAUUACAGAUAUAAUCGCGGAGGAAUGCGCGACUAUAGACCACAAAGAGUUCACUCUUCAGGGGGAUAUUUCCGUGGUCAUUACAGAGACGAUUAUAGAUCAGAUUAUCGCGAAGAUGACGAGGGAACUUGGAACAACAGACAGAAACAUUAUAAUUACAACAGAUAUGAGAGCUCCACUUCUUUGGAAGGCUCUAAGUCUCCUCUUAAGAAACCUGAAUCGCAAGAGAGAGAUGUGUCCGAAGAGCAGUUACCCCAAAUUGAGAAUGGAGACAACGUUACGAAACUCGAGUAUCCCUCUAAGGAAGAACCUUCGACUGAGAACAUCAAAGUCGAAGACGAUGUCGGUGAAAAAGAGACUCUUUCUAUCAUACGGACGGCUCCUACUCCGAACCGAGAACUAAGUCCAGAACAAGAACCAGAACCAGAACUUGAACAAGAGCAGGAAAUUGAUUCAGUGCCCGUGGAAGUACCAGAGCCAGAGUCGAAACCAGAGCCGGAGCAAGGGAUUAGUUUUUCAGAGGAAGCUGAAAAAGAAGGUGGAAAGAGUGAUAAUAUGGAGGUGGAUCUUUCAUCGAAUGAGGCUACCGCGGGCGUUCAAAAAAAUCUUUCCAUCACCGAAAAUCAAUCAAGCACUAAAGCAGAGGAACAACAAACAAAAACAGAGACUCAUGCUCAAGAGGAGAACGAGGUUGAACCUCACACAAUGACUGAUGGUGAUAUUUCGAAAGUAAAAGAAUCAAAAGACGACCCGGAUAACGAAGUUGAUGUUGUCGAAAAGAUGGACGUUGAUCAUAAAGAGUCUGACCAGCCAAACGACCAAGAGAUAGAGAAGAUCGAAAGUAUUCAGAAAGAUGAAUCAAGUACACAGAUACUGGGUGAGAUUUCCGAAGCCAAAAUUUCUGUUGAAACAGUUCAGAACACUGACCAGGCAUGCAUCUUUCCAAUGAAUAAAGUUGAAACCAAAUACCAUGAACUCAGAAAUGUUCCAUUAAGCGAGAGACGGAAGCAUUUGAAAUACCUGGGAAACUCACAACUUUCAGACCUCAGUCAGUAUAACUUCUUCAAUACCUCGUUGUUAGUUUUCAAACAAGCAGAUGGUCCAAAUUUGGCUGAAAAAUUGCAGCUGAUGAAAGUCAUUCUGGACAAGAAGAAAAAGGAUCUCACCGAAGAAUAUCUUUUGCGGAAGAAUGCUUGGAACAAGCGUGUCAGCUUGAUGGACGAACAAUUGAAUCAGUUUUACCAUACAGCCGAAGAGGAAGUUUCCAGACCUGAAACAGUGGAAACUACAAGGGCAGACGAACAAGAAAGGCCUUUAUCUGGAAGGAGAGGUCGGCAUCAUGGUGAUACUGUCAGAACAGAGGCAGAAUUUCUGGAAAUUUUAGCUUCUUUGGAAAAGGAAAGAGAAAGUGAUCCUCUAGUUAAGGCUCAACAUGGUAGUGCCAAAAUUCCAAGUAUGAUCAUAAAUCCUGUUGAGAAGUAUGCGAUGGUUCGUUUUUUUGACUCAAACAAUUUAGUUCUUGAUAAAGAAAGAUGGGCAGAUAGAUUGAACCAGGAUCCUAUCGAUACUUUUACUAAGGCUGAACAUGAGAAGUUUUGCGAAGCUUAUAGUAUGUGGCCUAAGAAGUUUGGUCGCAUUUCAAAUCACAUGGGUGGACUCAGAACUCCUGAAGAGUGUGUUUUGCAUUAUUACAGAACGAAGAAGCAAGUUAACUACAAACAGAUUGUCGCCAACAAGAACAGGAGAGCAACCAGAAAGGCUUCCGCCACAAAGAGGAAGAGCAGAGAUGGAAAGGUUAGAAAUGGAACGCAGACCCCAGAAACAUCUACUAAUGAAAUUGCUAGUGUCAGCUUGGAGGGAACCUUUGCAGAUCCAAGUGAAAAUGAAGCUGAUGCUACAGAUUCAAAUAAACGGAGGCAAAGUGCACCUCCUUCAUCUCCGGAACCAAAGAGGGCAAAACCGUCCGCUACCGUUUCUGCUUCUCCAUCCUCAUCAAAUGAGGCUGCUCCGCCAGUUGUUGAACCAACAAAGGUUGAAGAAGAGACGGAGAAGACUCCUGGCGAACCACUCGAGAAGCCAAAGAAGAAAAGGGGUAGAAAAAAGCUCAAUCCAGAUGGUGCCAACACUGUAAGACUAGCAGAUUCGAAAGAUGUGGUUCCAAUUUUACAGUCUUCUAGCGGCGAUCCUUUGCAAGUGGCUCGUGAACUGAACGAAGAGCAAAAACAAAAGGUCAAAGAUGGAUCUGCUUCCAGCUCUCAAGCUUCACAAGAGGCUUCUAUUAACACUUACCAGAGCGCAGAUGACAACGACAGAAAGAAAGAAAAACAUCAUAAAGAUCGAAGUCACAUCACCAGCUAUUGGAGUGUGCAGGAGAUCAGCGUUUUUCCAAAUCUUUUACAACAAUACGGUACGGAUUGGGAAAGUAUGUCCAAACACAUCACUUCUAAGACAUCCACCAUGGUUCGGAACUAUUAUCAAAGGGGGCUAGCUGAAAACAGCAAAUGGGAGGAAAUGGCCAGAGAGGCCGACUCCAAACGGAUUAUUGACGAGGAUAAAAAAAUUGCUCCCGAGACAGCUGAGAUUUCCGACGGUCCCCCACUUGGCCGGUUCUUCGAGAAAAGUCCUGUGGCUUUAAAGCCUGCAUCCGAGCCAAAACCGUCUAGUACUAAGGAACUACCACAGCCACUACAACUUCCUGCUUUGCAUACUUACUAUCCUUCGACAGGUGCCUCUAGUGCACCUGCUUCGACAAACACCAAUGCUAUUGGUUCGACUCCAGCGCCGGAGACCAGCAACGAUAGUUCUGCCAAACUACCGGCCUCAACAGGUCCAUCGCUACUUAAUAUUUCGUCUUAUCCAGCUAAAAGCUAUCCGCUGUCGUCGCUGGUGGAGGCUGCUGGAUCUGUGCAAACGAGAUCCGUUACGAGUCCGGGUAUUGCUGAAAUGAAUUCUUUGUUGAACACGGCUCUACAGCCUCCAAGUCUCAGAAGUGCUCAAGCGCAUCUUCCACCGCUCACAUCUACUUCUUCUGUUUCCCCAGGGUCGCCGUUCACGCCUAAGCCGCGAUCGUCCAUCAGGAACCUAUUAAAUGAAGAGAGUUCAUCAAACGCGAAACCUCAGUUGUACCAGUCGUCCGCUUUUGGAAAUAUAAUGAAUCCUGCUCCCAAGGUCAAGACUGAGUCAGCAGAGCAGCCGCCACAUCCUCAAGCAACGGGCAUGAGCGCAUUAGAUGCGCUGGCCCAAGUUGCCUUCGAAAGGAAGUGA